GACUCAGGUAGUCAAGAAAAAAACAGCGAAACAAAAACAAAGCACUAUGGCUGACCUUCUGAAGGAUGAAACAAACUCAAAUUCAAACGUUCAUCCGUUAGAAACGGCACAACGAGAAAAAAUGCAAGAAAUUAUAAACCUUGAUAAAUAUUCCGAAUGGAAGAAUGUUUCUUAUAAGGCUAGGACACAUCUUGUCAGUGAGAAUAAUCAUAAUAAGUCAAGCAAUAGCACAAAUCCUCAAAAGAAACGAAGAACUACGCAGAUUGGUACAGCACCAACCGCUGAACCUAGUGGAUCUGGUUUUCAAGGAAUGGAGAAGAAAGUUUGGAUUUUUAUAAAUCGCAUAAUGAAACAUGUCACAAUACAGGAUAUACAUAAGUACAUUGCAAGUAAACCUGGUUUUGAGGGCAACCAAAUAGAAGUGAGGGAGAUACCUGGGAAUCCAGAGGGUUUAAAAAGAUUUGUAGUGACAGCACCGUUAGUCCAUAAAGAAGAGAUGUAUAAGUCAGAGUUCUGGCCAAAUGGAGUCGGUAUUAAGAGAUUCAACUUCAAUAAGUAUAGAGAACAAAAUUUUUCCGUGAUGAGAGGAGAAGCAACAGUAAAAUAACGUUCAAAACAUGUCAAAGUUUCUCAGGAUUUUCAGUCCUCCAUCAAAAUGUCAGAUCUGUUGGUGGGGCGAAGCAAGGGAAAUUUGAAAAUUUGUUACAACAAGAGAAACCUGAUUGUUUUGCAUUGACAGAACACUGGAAAGAUCCUGAUGAACUCGAGCAACAUACCUUUGCUGAUUACAAGCUUGUUAGUGCCUUCUGCAGAAGUAAGGGAAAGCAUGGUGGCUGUGCUGUGUACUGUCUGAAUCAUAUGGAAAUGAAAGAGAGGCUAGAUCUCAAAAACCUCAGUGUGUCCACUAUAAUCGAAUGUUCAGCAUGUAAUGUUUCUGUUUAUGGUAGUAAAAAAAUUGUUGUAGUGUGCAUUUAUAGGCCUUCUUCAUCUCAUGAUUUUGAAACGUUUUUUGAAAAAUUAACUUUAAUUCUAGAAAUACUAAAUAGUGAGAAUGCAACAUAUGUUAUCACAGGCGAUUUCAACAUAAAUUUGUUGGACAGGGAAUUGGAGGUUGCACAUGACCUUGUUUUUCUCCUGGAGACCUUCGAUGUGGAGAUUACUGUUUGAGAGCCAACAAGGAUUAGUAGUGGUAGAUGCCUGGAUAACGUAUUCACAAAUAUUGGUCAAGGUAAGACCACUGUCAUUGAAGCGCACUUAUCUGAUCAUUCUGCACAGCUUUUUAGGAGCAACAUUGAAGUUGUCAAAAAACAGUCACAUAAGACAGUGAGCUAUAGAAACUAUAAUGCAGAGGCUUUAAAUGCUUUUCUGGAAUCUUUGAAGGGCAAGACUUGCGGCCCCAUUGGAAAUGUUGCAGCCCAGGGUGUAAAUGAAACAUGGAAUGAGUUUUCCGAUUUCUUCAUAACUACUUUCAAUGACCAUUUUCCAUUGCUAACAAAAAAAGUUCCAAUCAAUUCUAAACGAUACAAAGAAUCCCCAGAGUUAUUCAAACUAAAGCAACAUCUUGACAGCCUUUUUGUGAUAUCUUGCAUCAACACAGACUUCGUUGAAAUGUAUAAAAGAGCAAAGCGAGACUACGACA